AUGGACAUUUUUACAGAGUAACUGUUGUAACAAAUUAAUGAGUCUCAUAUAAUUGCUAGAGACUCUAUCAAAUUGAUAGUUCAUUUGGGAAGUGUAAUAGUGGGUGAAAAUUAUAUACAAUCCUAAAUGCCUCUGAUUGGUUAUCAGUGGUUUUAAGAUCAAGUCAAGACCCUUACUAAAAAGCACUAUAUAUCAAAUGAUGAUUAUGAUGAUACUAUAUUCGAGGAUGACGAACCCAAUCCAGUGAACAUUGAUCACUGGAGAAGAUGUCAAGGACAAGUUGCAUUAGUAAAGUCUUAAGAACAUUCUCCCAUUCGGAGAAGCGAGACGAAGAAAUUAACCAAAAUCUCAAUGGGAUAAACUUAGAGCAACGCAGAUCUCUAUGAAUGCUAAUUAAUCAAGAUGGGUGAGUUGGAUGAUGAUAUUGAAUUUGACCCAAACAUUGAAAGCAUGAGAUAAGCUAAAUUGAGGUAGAUGUAAAUACAAUAGCUAAAGCUGUAAAAUGAUAAGAUAAAAAACUAAGAGGUUCAAGAAUAAACUAGACAACUUAAGCGAUUGAAUGUUGACUCUAAAUCUAAAUAUACAUAUGACUUUGAGGGUAAAGUAAUUGUCUAAAAACCACCUGAUAUUGAUAGAUAUCCAAAGUCUCAUUAAAACAUUCAAGAAAAAAGAAAUCUUGUUGAAGUGAGAGACCUCAUUCCUAAUCAUAAGCUAUAAUCUGAAUUGAUCUCUUCCGGGAAAAGAUAGAGUGCCUAUUAAAACUCUAUGAAUCAAUUUGCAAUCAAAACCACUGUGCCUUAGAUAGACUUAAUAGAAAGAUAGAGUGCCUAUUAAAACUCUAUGAAUCAAUUUGCAAUCAAAACCACUGUGCCUUAGAUAGACUUAAUAGUCAUGAAAGAGGGAGUCUCAUUUUAUGAUGGCAAAUCUGAAAAGAAAAAAGAUAGACCCUUGCCAUUAAUGGACAUUAAAGACAAUAAUGAAUUACAGAAUACCCUUUUAAAUCAAAAUGUACACAUGACAAAGUUAGAAUACCAAACCAUAACAAAUUCAUAAUAAUCUAGCAACCAAUUUCAAAACAAAACUCUAUAAUUAUCCAUCUCCUAACCCUAGAUCUAACAGAGCAAAACUAGUAGAACAUUUUAGGAAGAUCAACCCCAUUUGUAAAAUAAUGAUAGUCUGCUCAGCUUUCGGUAACCUAAAACUACUGUGAAUCAUUCAAUCACAUCUAACAUUUUGUAAAAACUUAAUGGUUCCAUUUCAAUACUCAGUGAAGAAUAAUUAGAUGGAUUACUUAUUUAAUCUAAUGACCUCAAUAAAUAAAAAGAGCAUCCUUUAUUUAUUAAGAAACCUACAAUUGAAAUUGGUAAACCCACCUAACCUGUUCCUACUAUCACACUUGAAUUACCUUAAAUACCACCCAAUGCCUUGACCAAUAGUGUAAGCAAGUUGCCUCGCUCUUUUCAAUCUAUAGGGACAUUCCCAAAAUUACUAUCAAAACAUCCAAGAGAACGUAUUUCAAAAUAAGUUAUGAAUAUAAUAAAUAUUAAAUGA